AUGGUAGCAGCAGCAGUACCAGCAAAACGAGCUGCCGACACAACACAAGAUGUGGAAAUGGAGAAUGCACCAACUACACCAGAGAACAACAUCGAUGCCUUGUUGACGGGAUCAGCCAAAAAGACCAGACUUUUAUUCGGCAACACUUAUGGCCAAGCUGCCAUGGAUGAGACCAACAGCCAACGCAUCAAAUUGACUAGCAAGAUCCACGAUGAAUAUGACAGUGUACGCACGUUACCCGAGGUGCUGAUCAAGCAACAAAAGGAAGCACAAAAAGCGAGACAAGCAAAAAAGACGACUAUCGAGGAAGUACCAGAAGAAGAAGGUGGCAGUUCAGCAGUUAAACAGCUUAUCGAUACGAUUCCAGAGAAGAAGGCAACGGCAACAGAUGAGAAGACCAAUAUGGGUAUUGUUGCAUUGAGAUCCAAGGACACAGUAUCUGAAAUCUUUGGUGAUGCGCCUGGUGGUGGUGGCUCACUUGUGCGUCGUGCACGUGCAAAGACAAUUCGACCCGUAUGGCAUGCACCAUGGAAGUUGAUGCGAGUGAUCAGUGGACAUUUGGGAUGGGUGCGUGCUGUGACAGUGGAACCUGGCAACAAAUGGUUUGCAACCGGUGCUGGUGAUCGUACAAUCAAGAUCUGGGAUCUUGCAUCAGGCACACUCAAGUUAUCGCUUACGGGUCAUAUUAGCACAGUGCGUGGUCUCGCUGUGUCUCCACGACACCCAUACUUAUUUUCAUGCGGUGAAGACAAGAUGGUCAAAUGCUGGGAUUUGGAACAAAAUAAGGUCAUUCGUCAAUACCAUGGUCAUUUGUCGGGCGUCUAUUCUUUGAGUUUGCAUCCUACACUCGAUGUCCUUGUCACUAGUGGUCGUGAUGCUACUGCAAGAGUUUGGGAUAUGCGAACAAAGCAAAACGUGCACGUGUUGACUGGACAUACGAGCACAGUAUCCACAGUGCAAUGUCAAGAAGCUGAUCCACAAGUGAUUACUGGUUCUAUGGAUUCGACGAUUCGAUUAUGGGAUUUGGCAGCAGGCAAGACGAUGGGCGUGCUUACACAUCACAAAAAGAGCGUACGAUCGAUUGCCAUUCAUCCUACCGAGUUUGGUUUUGUAUCUGGAAGUGCGGACAAUAUCAAGGGAUGGAAAUGUCCUGAAGGCACCUUUAUUCAAAACUACGAGGGCCGUAAAUCGAUCAUCAAUACAUUAUCGGUGAACCAAGAUGGUGUUAUCUUUUCUGGUGGUGACAAUGGCUCGCUUGGAUUUCAUGAUUGGAGAUCAGGAUAUCAAUUUCAAUCUAUGGAUACAACAGUACAACCUGGUUCAUUGGAUGCAGAAGCUGGUAUCUUUGCCAGUUCAUUUGAUCGGACGGGAUUGCGACUUAUCACUGGUGAAGCUGACAAGACCAUCAAGAUAUACAAAGAAGAUGAGAAUGCUGUCAAAGAUGAAGACUUUUACCAAUGA